AAGCUCCGUUACUGUCGCCGUACCCGCCGUACUACCGGGAACUCGAGUUGAAUUUUGCCGUACGGCGUAGGCCAAGGCCAACAUUUCUGAAAUUAGAAUGGACCAAGGUUUAUCAAAAAAGGACAGCGUGAAUCUAACAGGGUUGCUCUGGGAUGAAGCAACAGCCAACAAGUCGUUUGAAUCUCUAGCCCAGGCUUUUCAUGGAAGCUUCAAUAAACAAGAACAUUUCAAAGUCGGAUCAUCACUGGUCCUUCUCUUAAGCAGCCCUGACCUCUUACCCACCCCACCCCAGCGGCUAGCAGCCCUAUUCUUGUUAUGGGAGAUGUAUCGUGCAGAGCCGAUCGGCAACAACCCCUUCGCCCCUCUUUUCUCUCUUGUAUUGACAAGAACUGAGGAGGACAAGAUCAGUGGUCCCACCCUUGUCGGUCCCAUUGGCAAGUCAGAAAGAUAUUUUCUUUCUCAACUCAUCUCAACCUCUAAUCCACCUCGAGAGCUAUUCAAGAAAUCUCCACGUCAGAUCGUUGCGAUGGACCCCGGUCCGAAUGCUCCUCACAUUGACAUCACCGGUCUCCAGCUCGCCCUGGCUGAAAGACAAUCAGAACUGCCCAGUCUGACCAAGGCUGGUUUGUCAUGCAUUAUGAAUGAUCCUGACCCUGAUGCUAGCUCCACCUUUGACCCCCAAAUAGCUCAGCCUGUAGUGGAAGCCCUGAUAUGCGGAUCCAAGCCUCCCAUGCAAACGACCUUUACCCCCGAGUUCAUACGCCUUCCGCCCCCGCUGCACAUUUGUGAGGAUGAGUUGUUAUGGAUGAAUCCGUCUGAUGGCAACCACACCAUCGCAUGGGACACCACAAUGUGCAUGACGAACAGUGCUGGGCAGGAGGUUAAGAGACUCAUGGGUAAAGCCUUUAAAGAAACACUCAUGCUCCAGCAACAACAGCAGCUGCUCAGCGAGCUAGAAAAAGAUCCCAAGCUGGUUUAUCACAUAGGAUUGACACCUACAAAGCUACCAGGGCUGGUAGAGAGUAAUCCCCUUGUUGCCAUAGAGAUCUUGCUACGUUUAAUUCAGUCCAAUCAGAUCACGGAAUACUUUGCGGUCCUUGUCAACAUGGAGAUGUCUCUGCACUCGAUGGAGGUUGUCAAUAGACUAACAACGGCAGUAGACUUGCCCCAGGAGUUUGUUCAUCUCUACAUUUCCAACUGUAUAUCGACAUGUGAGACAAUAAAAGACAAAUCAAUGCAGAACAGGCUUGUGAGGCUGGUUUGCGUUUUUCUUCAGUCACUUAUACGCAACAAGAUCAUCAAUGUCAAAGAUCUCUUCAUCGAGAUGCAGGCGUUCUGUAUUGAGUUCAGCCACAUCAGGGAGGCAGCCGGUUUGUUCAGGUUACUGAAGACAUUAGACAGUGAACAACAAAAGCAACAACCCUCGUCAACGUCACCACUUACAACGCAACAACAGAGUCAAGGAAACAAGAAAUGAUUGCCUGUGUUCAUGUUACUUAAAAUGUUAGACAGCGAACAACAAAAGCAACAGCCCUCGUCAACAUCACCGCUUACAACCCAACAAAGGUCAAGCAAACAAGAAAUGAUCCCCUGUGUAAGAUAGAAUUGUACUUUUUUUCUGAGUUUAUUGAACAUUGAACCUUGAAGAAAAUUACUCUUCUAAAGAGCAUACACACUGUCAUGUCAUAGAUUUAUUUAUAUAUUUACUCAUUGACACAUUGUGGAAGCGUUGUGGUGUAGUGGUUCUGACUCUCGCCUUGUAAUCAGAGGGUUGUGUGUUCGAAUCCCACCAUGGCCUAGCAUCCUUUGGCAAGGCAUCAAUCAACACUUUGCCAUGCUCUCCAUCCAGGUUUUAAUUGGAAACCCGGAAGGAUGCCUUGCAAAUCAGUUUGAAAACGCUUGUUGGAAUGCUCCUCAGGGAGUGGAGAAAGUACAUUCAUUGUGUUUAGGGCAAGCCAGGAUCCGAUGGGGGUAAUAAUAUACCUGUAAAGUGCUUAGAGAUGUCAUUAUGAGUGCAACAUAAGAGCUGAAUAUGAAAGGAAA